AUUCACUUUGUUUGCUUUGUUUUGAACGUAGUGCCCAACAAGUUUGAAUUGUGCUGUGAUUUUUAUACUACAAAAUAAUAAAUGAAUAAUUAAACCUGCGUUGAAAUAUGGAUUAGCUUGCGACUAAGGGAAUGAGUAGUGAGCCGGAAAAAUGGAUACCCACAAAAGGCUGCUGCUGCAGAAGUAUCAGCAGGACAUCAUCGAUGAUCUAGAUGUGACGUACAUCUACGACGAGCUGUUCGCGAAGUCUGUUAUUUCCGCUGAAGAGUUCGAUCUCAUUCUCGGCCUUACUUCACGCGUCGACCAAGCUCGCUUUCUACUAGACUCGUUGAUUCGCAAUGGUAGCAACAGGUCCUAUGAAGCUUUUGUAGACAGCCUACACAAGGACUACAGUUGGCUUUGGGAGAAAUUGGCUAUUGAGAACAAUAACCCGAUGCCUAAUGACAGCUUUGAGGACAGCCUCAGCAGGGGUGAUGUGCCUAGACUACCGGAUAACCAUGUGAGAAGAACGAAAGUGGAACAAAAUGUAGCAGAGAAAUUGAAGUCGCUGGCGCGACACAAAGUCCUCGUGCUACACGGUAUGUCUGGCUCAGGGAAGACUUGUGUGGUCCUCAGCGCUUUACGAGACAACCCUGAUUUGGUCACCAACAACUUCAAUGGCGUCGUGUUCUGGUUAAACUUCGGCAACUGCAAGACUGACGAUGACAUUAUUUUCCAACAAAGCAAAUUACUAAGAAAAGCCUCAUCAAUGUACACGCAAAAUUCGUACAUGAACUCAUCGAUUUCUAUGUCAAGCAUCGGUUCUAAUGGCGACAGUCACUCGUCCUCUAAUUACGACUGGACAAUGAACGACCUUAGAGACAAAUUAAGGGCACAAUUCGCUGAACCAUCUCUGAAGGAAUGCCUCCUUGUGUUGGAUGAAGUUAAUGACAAAAAGUGUUUGGAAGCGUUCGACAUCGGCUGCAAGAUUUUGGUCACGACAAGAGAUACUAAUGUGGUUACUUAUUAUGCUCCACAAAUUAUCACAAUAGAAAACAGUUUAGAAGAAAAGGAAUCUUUGGAAAUCUUCGCCCUAUCGCUUGAAGUGCCUGUAUCUAAGCUACCGUGGCAAGCGAAGAAAAUCCAUGAGCUUUGCAAAGGCAGCCCUUUUAACAUCGGCCUCAUUGGAGCACAACUAGCAGAAAACAGGGAAAGACUCAUUGACGAUCCAAAACGAUGGAAUUAUUAUGUCAAAGAAUUAAAAAAGAAGAAUCAUUUUUCAUUCAUCUCAAUAAAUCAAACUUAUAAUCCGAUGAAAACAAUCGAAGUAUGCAUCAACUCGCUAAACCAGAAUGUGUUACCAUUGUUCAAAAAACUAAAAAUUCUUCCCGACAACGUGAAAAUUUCUGCCAAAGUCCUAAGCAAAUUGUGGAACAAAGAGGAUUCGCAGGUGGAAUCUAUCAUGAAAGAGUUGCGUAGUAAAUCCCUCAUCAUCGAAGUGUAUGAUCGAGAUCAGAGGAACUACUUGUAUGAGAUCCAUGAUCUUAUUAUGAAGUACUUGAAGAGUACUGGGGAAGAUGAUAGUAAGAAGUUACACACUGAGUUCCUAAAUAGUUAUCACUAUAAUACUACAAACCCACCGCUAGAGAUCAUUGAUGAUGGCUACAUCGCCUUCUACAUUGGUUACCAUAUCAAGCACACGGAUAAUUACAACGAUAUGUGGACGUUGUUCAACAAAUUGUUCCUGAAUUUGAAGUUUUUGGGCAACAAAGUAAGGUUGACGGGACCAGCCGACGUGAUGUCGGACCUGCAGAACUAUGAGCCUUACAUUGUCAGAUAUGAGCUAGACAAGGAACUGAUUAGCAGCACCAAAGCUUUCCUCAGCACACACGGGACUGACCUAUUUCAUUACCCCUGCACUGACAUUAUUCAGAGUAUACUACAAAACGAAUCCAAAGGCAUAUUAUAUUCGAAAGCAUCGCAAAUUGCCCAAGAGAAUUGCAAUAAUAAUGAGCUGUAUUUUGAUUUUCUGCAUGAGCAGAACGUGGAUGAAAUCAAACAUUCAACUAUUGAUGUUAAGGAAAAGAUCACAGCUGUGUGCUUUCUAAGGGAUUACGUACUUGUGGGUACUAACUCCGGUAUCAUUAAGUUCUUCCACAUCGUAACAAACAAACUGAGGAAGGAGCUCCGUGGUACCGGAUCACCAAUCAAAUGGAUCGGAGUGUCCCUAAUGAAGAACCCGCCAGUCGUCGCCGCGUUAGCUUACGAUGGCGUCAUCAAACUAUGGUACGUCGAUGACGUGGACAAUGAAGAGAAUGACGAUGUUAUCGAAGAAGAACCAGAGGAAUGCUACAAUAACACAUACGCGGACGUUGAACAAAUUCAGGGCUCAUAUCUCAACUGUAGAUGGGCGAACAAUGAAGAAUACCUUAUAAUGCACACAAGCAAAAAGAUCGACUUCUACAAUCCUUCUAGAAGCGAAAAGAACAAAAUUUUCAAAACAAUACAAGACUUUGAUAGAGAUAGAGAGAUCGUUUGCUGUGUCCCUUGUAAUUAUGAUAAGAAUGUCAUUGUUGCUACCGAUGGACCGGUCAAAAGAGUUGAAGUCAUCGAUUUGAAGACCAGGGAACGAAUCAUCACGUUCGAUGAGUCUGAUAUUGUUUUAGACAUGGUUACUGUUCCUCGUAGCAAUAAAAUUAUAACACUAAAACCGAACGAGAUUAUGGAACAUGAGCUUCGAGUGAACACGAAUACAAUCAAACAGAACACGUGUUGUUGCCGACGUGUAAUUACCAGUGAUGAUAUAAAGGACAAUAUGUUUUUCAUUGCACUCGCUGUCAAUAAAACUGGGACCCUCCUCUGUGUGGCUACUGACGACAGUCGAGUUGUUUGUGUUGACCUCAAGACUUAUACCCGGUGUUUUGAUCUUGAGAAUCGGAGGGGGAACGUGGUAGCAAUGGCAAUGAGCGAGAUGAUGUGGGACGAAUUUGAACCCGGCUCAGACGUACUACUUACAGGCACUGGGUCUAUUGAAGACUCCGCUAAAGUGUGGUACUUGGAUGCGUCAUACAUCUCACAAACAGCGCAACGGACUGGGAGAGUUCGUCUAACAACGAAAUUCGAUGUGAGUUUCGUCAACCCACUAUCGCCACACACACCAAACUCACUGUCCCCGAGUAGUAACACAGAGAGCGUACACACAACACCAAAGAGACAUCAGUCAUUUAACCAUAGAGAGGUCCAACCUAAAAUGCUACUUAAAAACUCCAUGAGUCUAGACAGAAGUGCUCUAAAGCCAUUGAAUUUGAAAGGAAUAUGUAAUAACAACGACGGUGUGCUCCAACCUCUCCUCGCAGUGGUUGAUGAUAAGAAUAAUAUACAGGUAAUGCGCGGAAGAAAAGUACUAACGGAAAUCUCAGAGCAAUCAGACAGAUCAGAUUGCAUUACAAGAGUGAAAAUCUCUCCUUGCAAUCUAUACAUUAUUUACGGAUUAAAAUCCGGUAUAGUAAAGAAAUACACAAUUCGGACGAAGGAAACUGUACCUAUAAUGGAUGUUUAUAGCCCAGUGCAAUAUUUAAACUUCGUUAAUCCGAAUUUACUAAUCGUCGCUGGAAAGAAUACUUGUUUAAUGGCCUACAAACUGACGCCCGCUGGUGAUUGGAAACCUGAAAUGAUGCAGAGAGGAAACACCAAUCUUGGUUCCCAAGAAAUACUUAAUGAUAUUCAGGGUUUUCCCAAAAAGAAUGGUCACUCAGAAAGACUGUCGAGUUCAAGCAGUGAAACAAGCAUUAGUUCUCGAGGACGGACCUUCCGAUGUGAAGAGUACAAAAGCCUUUGUAAGGGCAGCGGACUAGUUGACUGUUUCUGGGUAAAGGACCUGGGCAUCGUCACAGUGGAAUUCAAUGCUACCAUCAAGUUAUGGGGAAAGAAUUUAAAUCUUCAGACAAUACUGAAUGGAAGACAGUCUGAUGUAUACAUAACUUCGGCCGCUUUACAAAAUAAUAUCCUCGUCAUUUGUGAUAGGAAGAAUACAACGUUUCAGACAUUUGAACUCAAAAUGAAUGAUGGGGUGGAACUACAGACUAUCGAAGAGUACAGACUGAACAAUGUAAUUGUGUCGUGCGACCUCACUUCGGACGGGAAUAUUCUAGCGCUUGGGCUGGACUCUGGGAAUGUUGUGGUAUGGAACGUCCGAGGUCGACGUCAACUAGGCCUGCUAAAGCAUCACAAGUCCAAAGUUCAUUCUUGUUCAUUCUCACCCGUCCCUGAACGUUCAAACCGCAAUUCGAUGACGUCAUCACCGCAUCCUAUACAAUCGCCGUACCACUUGUCGACCUCACAGGAUGAUGACGGGGACAGUGAACAACCGCCAUUAGUACUGGUUACCAUGGCAACGGAGAUUGUUUGGUGGAAUAUCACGCAUGUUAUGAAGGCGUCCAAGUAUAAGAUUGGGAAGAGAAGCUACAACGUGAUGACACCAUUAGGCAGUCCGUUAGAAAGCAGGAAUGAGACACCAAAUGCUAGUUUGAAUCACUCUAACUCGAUCAAUUCAGGCAACACUUCCAAGUGCAACUAUUUCUUUGGAGACGGAGACUUUUUACCCCAACAGUGCUGGAAGGUUAUUUGGAAAGGGAAAUCGUGCAAACGAGGUUCAAAAAGAAAAGAAAUCUUAGCGUGCGUCAAGCUAUCAGGUAUGCACGCGAAAAGACUAAGUCAUGACGAAAAAUUCUCAUGUUUCGUCACAGUCGAUAACCCCGGACAUAUCCAUAUUAUGAAUGUUAUGCGCUCAAACAAAACAUAGCGUACAAUUUAUAUGUUACUCUAAUAUUACGUGAAGCAAUGAUCAUUAUGCUUUAUACAGACCUUUGUCUACUUCAAUUUGUCAAAUGAAUUUUAACUUUAUUCUAAAGAAAUAAAGUUGAGUAAACAACGACGUCUUUGCAGUAGUUAGUCUUAUUCUCUGUGCCAAUAGAAACACGGCAUCUGUAAUGUUCGACCAGUGACUUGUGACAACCCUUGAAGUCAUG